UUAGGAUUAGAAAUUGAAUUCCCUGUCCAACAAAAUUAUACUAAACAAAAACACUAUUCUUAUCAUUUUCAUUCCAUACUGUUGGAUUGUUCUUAAAAUGGUAAAAUUGAAAUUGGACUAAGGAAGCCACACCCACACGUUCUCUGUCUCUCCCUUUUUGUUUCUCUACGUUUUGUUUUUUUGGCGAAUUUGGGGAGAGAUUGAGCAAAUUGCCGAUCAAUGGCUUCUUCUUCUUCUUCUUUAAUUUUCUUUUCCUUUUUAUUUCUAAUCUGUCUCUCAUUCGCCGCCGCCGAUGACGCUUCUCAUGACGGCGAUUCCCCCAAGUCCCCGGGCUGCGAUAAUGCUUACAAUUUGGUUAAGGUUAUGAACUGGGUGGAUGGUGUCGAAGGUGAUACUUUUGCUGGGAUCACUGCAAGAUUUGGGGGUGUAUUGCCUUCCGCAGCUAAAGAUGGUCUCAGAUUACCUGCUGUUUACUCAAAUCCUUUAACUGGCUGUUCUACCUCCUCUUCCAAGCUUUCUGGUGCCAUUGCAAUCUCCAUGCGUGGUGAUUGUGAAUUUACUGUGAAGGCAAAAGUUGCACAAUCAGGAGGCGCGAAAGCCCUUUUGGUGAUAAAUAGUGAAGAAGAGCUUGCUGAGAUGGGCUGUGGGAAAGAAAAUGCUACACUGAAUAUUUCAAUCCCUGUCAUGUUGGUUUCAAAGUCGGGAGGUGAUUAUCUGAACAAGUCGAUGGUAGCUGGAAAGAAAGUGGAAAUAAUGUUAUAUGCACCCAAUCGUCCCGUUGUGGAUUAUUCAGUGAUAUUCAUAUGGUUGAUGGCCGUUGGAACUGUGACCUGUGCUUCACUUUGGUCUGAGUUUACUGCUCCUGAGGAGACUGAUGAGCGGUACAAUGAAUUAACACCAAAGGAAACCUCUAGUGCUUCAGAACUCAAAAAUGACGAGAAAGAAUACCUUGAUAUUAAUGCAAUGAGUGCAGUAUUUUUUGUCCUAACAGCAUCAACUUUUCUGGUUUUACUCUAUUUUUUUAUGUCAAGUUGGUUUGUUUGGCUGCUGAUUAUUCUCUUCUGCCUUGGUGGUGUUGAGGGAAUGCAUAAUUGUAUAGUUACUUUGAUUACAAGAAAGUGCAAAAGUUGUGCGCAAAAGAAAGUCAACUUACCUGUUCUGGGAGAAAUUUCUGUUCUUUCGCUUGUUGUAUUAUUUUGUUGUCUGGCAUUUGCUAUAUUUUGGAUUGUCAAUCGCCGGUCCUCAUAUUCUUGGAUUGGACAAGAUAUUCUUGGUAUCUGCUUGAUGAUUACUGUCUUGCAGGUGGCACGAUUGCCUAAUAUUAAGGUUGCCGCUGUACUUCUCUGCUGCGCAUUUGUUUAUGACAUCUUUUGGGUUUUCCUAUCCCCAAUAAUAUUCCACCAGAGUGUUAUGAUUGCUGUUGCUCGAGGUGAUAACAGUGGUGGGGAAUCUAUUCCCAUGCUUUUGAGAUUUCCUCGAUUUGCUGAUCCUUGGGGCGGUUAUGACAUGAUUGGAUUUGGGGACAUUCUUUUUCCUGGUUUGCUUUUAUCAUUUGCACGGAGAUAUGACAAAACAAACAAGAAGAGCUUGUGCAGUGGAUAUUUUCUUUGGCUAACAGUUGGCUAUGGACUCGGUCUUCUUCUCACAUAUCUAGGUUUAUACCUGAUGGAUGGACAUGGUCAACCUGCACUUCUCUAUCUUGUUCCUUGUACCCUAGGAGUUUGUGUCGUACUGGGUUUGGUGAGAGGAGAGUUAAAAGACCUCUGGAGUUUUGGCACUGACACUUCCUCAACAAGAGAGGAAGCUUGAAGUCUAUAAACCGAGUAAUUCAGACAUAGAUUCAGGAGAAUCGCCGUCGCUUCACAAAGUUUUGCGCUGUAAAGUGGUUCGAGUUAUAAUGAAAAUACCGGAGCCAAUGCGAUGCAAUGGACACUUGGUGAUUGCUGUAAGUCUAAUUUUAACAUUCUUGCCAAAUGUAUAUUAUCUGUUAUUAUUAAACCCAAGUCAACUCCUGCAGCUGCAUUGUUACUUAUAUUCUAAUUUCUUUGGAAAUUUGACCAUCAUGUUUAUUUUCGCC